AUGAAAAUACUGCGGUGCUUCACAGUAGAUGCAUGCUAUAAGGCCACCCGAAUAGCAAAUGGCCUGUUUUUUGCUCUUUUUAUUCUUUCGCUUCCAGUUUACUUCUUUGUAUACUAUUUCCUAUUUGUUGGGUAUAUGACAUACGAGGGGCACGUGCAUUUGCUAGACUCGCUCUACUGCGUGUCCUACUGCAUGUGGAGAUGCGCUGGCGCCAUUACCCUGGGGAACUGCCUUAUGGCAGCCACGUAUUUUACAAUCAACUUGUUCUCCCCUUACUACUUGGCAAAGUGUGCAGCAUAUCUCAUUAGCAUUCUUACGCUUCCGGGGCUUCUGCUAAUCGUGUAUCUUUCGAUAUGCGGGAUAACCGGAAACAUAUGGAACAACGUGUCCAGAAUCAUAUAUGGGUCGACAAGCUUUUUGCUUGGGGGAGUGCUCAUUUCGCUGAUUCCCCCGUUCUGCCGCAGAAGAGCGCACACUCUUGCUGGAAUACUUUUGUUUGGGAUGAACGCGUGCAAGAUGGCCAUAAAAACGAUAAUAUGGGACGUGCCGCAUCUGAUGUUUGUUCCCUUUAUGUCCAGCGCGAUUUGCCUGGCAGUGCUUCGCGUGCACAGAGUCUACAUGACUUCUAUACAUAUAUCUGAACGUGCCCACGUUCUGCACAGGCUGCUGCCUAUAGGGCUAGGUGCUGCGAACCGGGCAUACUUCACACACGUUGUGUUCAGAAACAUAUUCAAAAUAGGAAGCGCAAAGCCCACAAGAUGGCAGUGCUCUGUCUUGGCUCUGGGAUCUUUGCUGUAUUGCUCUGUAGGAACAAUCACGUCGACGGAGUAUCCAGGCCAGGGCACAAUAUUCAACGGGGCGAUUUCCAUAGCGUUCUAUCUCGCAAGAAUGGCUUUUUCGUACUGGAUCCCAUACAUGAUUCUCCUGAUGGCGCAGGCCUUUAUGAAGGCAGAGGUUCGCAGCAAGUUGUGCUGGCUCACCCAAAACAGGAUGCAUUUUGUGUACUUUGAGGUCUGCAGAUACAUUGUAAUGAUCUUUAUGAUUUUCCUGCCCUUUUGUGUCACAUACUACAUUUUUGAAAGGAACCACGGAGAGUCAACGUCUGAGAUAUCCAUUACACUGUCUUUUAUGCGGAUGGCGUUUGCGCAUGUGUUUAGCGGGCUGGAGGGAGCUCUUAUUAUUAUCUACAUUGGGCAGCGGCUUUCACUUCCACAAAGAGCCCCCAAAAGGGUCACCUACUCAGACAUAAUACACAUAUACAGGCCUGUAAUAAGUGCGAUUGUGCAUCCGAAAUAA